AAAUAUGUCCAUGGACGGACAGUGAACAAUAUACAACGAGUAUAUAAGCCAUAUUAUGUGAUUUACGCUAAUGGAUUAAGCAAGAAAAUUAUUAUCCUCGUUGCCGAAUUUAAGCCGCCAAAAGCACAUCAACGUCUCGGAUCUGAAUACGUAGAGCUAGGAAAAGAAAUGCGUAUAUUGACAAAACGACUCGACGAACUCGGUAUUGGGAAGCCUGUCGCGAGUGGUAUC